ACCCACCAAGCCUCCAAGCAACAAAGAAGCCUCUCUCCCUCUCCUUUCUCUCCCUCCCUCCCUCCCUCCCUCCUUACAAUUCUAGUUUUGAGUAGCGAAGAGAGGCAAUGGCGGUCGCGGCGUUCUCGGCAUUCUCUCUCCUCAUGUUGGCGGUGGUCGGUUUGUGCCUCCGAGGUGCUUAUGCCGACUCCGGCGGGUGGCAAAGCGCUCACGCCACCUUCUACGGCGGUGGUGAUGCAUCCGGCACCAUGGGGGGCGCUUGUGGGUACGGCAACUUGUACAGCCAGGGCUACGGCACCAACACCGCGGCCCUCAGCACCGCCCUGUUCAACGACGGCCUGAGCUGCGGGUCCUGCUACGAGAUGAAGUGCAACGACGACCCCAAGUGGUGCCUCCCCGGCAGCAUCACCGUCACCGCCACCAACUUCUGCCCUCCUAACUACGCCCUUUCCAACGACAACGGCGGCUGGUGCAACCCCCCGCUCCAGCACUUCGAUAUGGCCGAGCCGGCAUUCCUCCAAAUCGCCCAAUACAAAGCCGGGAUCGUCCCCAUCUCCUUCAGAAGGGUCCCCUGUGUGAAGAAAGGAGGCGUGAGGUUCACGAUCAACGGCCACUCCUACUUCAACCUGGUGCUGAUCUCGAACGUGGCCGGGGCGGGAGACGUGCACUCGGUGUCGAUCAAGGGCUCGAAGACCGGGUGGCAGACCAUGUCCCGGAACUGGGGCCAGAACUGGCAGAGCAACUCCUACCUCAACGGCCAGUCCCUCUCCUUCCAGGUCACCACCAGCGACGGCAAGACCAUCACCAGCUACAACGUCGUGCCCUCCAACUGGCAAUUCGGCCAGACUUUCGAAGGGAGCCAGUUCUGAAAACCGAGAUAAACUUGGCGUCCAGAUGGGAACAUGGUGGAGCCAGAAGCAGGGUUAGGAGAAGAAAUUCAACGUUUUGGCCACUUUUGGCCGGCUAUUGCUGAGGUGGCCGUUGUGCACCCGCUAGGCAUUUUACUUUAUUUAUAUGUAAUGAUUUAUAUAUACAGAUAGAUAUAGUGAAGAAGGGUUAUCACAAUCAAGAAAAGAACAGGGGGGGUAUUCUUAGUUGCCUUUGGAUUGAGUGGAAGGCCAUGGAUACCACUCCGAGGUUCUGCAGAUUGUAAUUCCAAAAGUUGGGUUUGAAUUUGGACGACUUUUUUAUGGUAUCUAGUCGGAUUGAUGAUC